CAAGUGAUUGAUUCCUCUUGUGGUUUUAUUAUUAUCAUCGAGACAUGGCACAACUCAACGAAUGGCAACAACAAGUCAAUAAACUUGCAUCAUAUACGAGUUUCUUAGAACAACAUCAGAAAAAAGUGGAUGAAGAAUAUCAAGAUAACAAUAUUCACACCCAAUGGAAGAUAACACAAGAUAUGAUGCACAAACUCAAGUUUAGUUUUUUAGAGUUGGAAACCAAACGGCGUUUCCUAGAAAACAUUCAAGUUUCAACCGAUCAGGAUAUCAUUCCAACCGACCAAAAAAUAGCUGACUUGGAGAUUACAACGGCACAAUCCAAGAACCAAGUGAAACGCAGCAAACAGUAUACGCAAUCUCUAUUUCAACAAAUAGAGAACUUAGCAAAUGAUUGGGUACAAAAGAGAAAGCUCCAUCAACAAUAUUUGCAAAGCUGCCAAUAUAAACUGGAACAGUUGCAAAAGUGGCAAGAACAAACCUCUACUACAAAAGAUUACUUUAAAGAAGAAGAUGGAUAUUUUCGGCAAAUAAAAUAUUUGGACGAGACAAAUGCCAAAGCUUUACUUCAUCAACGAGAACUGCAACUUUCUCAACUGGCUUCAAGCAAACAACAAUUGGAAGAUAGACGAAAUGAACUGAUAUGGGAAUUAGAACCCUUAGAAUCUGCAGUUCAACAAAUGAGAAGUCAUGUAAGUGUUUUAGAACAAGAUGCAAAUGAGAAUAUUCACGAAGAUGAUACUCGUUCCAAAAUGAAACAUAUCAUGACUUGGUAUGACAAUCUCAUUCAAUUUAUACAGGCAAUGAGUGGAGUUACUGUACAAGCCAGAGAUGAUAAUACUGUGGACAUAAUCAUUUCGUCGGAAGAAGAUUCGAUUCUGCUUUCGGAAGAACAUCGACUUACUAUCGAAUGGAAUGCUUCCUCCAUUGUUCAAGUACAACUCGUUCCAGAACAUAUUUCCAUACAAGAUUGGAAACAAAAAUGGCCAAAAACAAACCACAUUCCUUAUAUAGUUCGAGAAAUCAUUCAUCGUCUCUAUGCAUUUCAUCAUGAAUUGGAAGAAAUGAAGAAAGCCUACGAGAAAGAAGAAGAAGAAGAAAGAAACCUAAAACAUUCAAAAGUCACACCACUUUCUCAGAUAUGGACCAUUCCAACUUCCAAUACAAUUCGGUUAUCCAUCAAUGAAACUAUUUUCCUUGACUUGCAAUUCCAAAUUGGUUAUCCCGAUGGCAAUACUCGUUUCGACAUUAUUCGAUUCUUUGCCGCAACCGAAGAACAAAGACGCUGGUGGAAAAGUACUCAAGUGUGGAAUAAGUUGAUAGCUUUGAAUACCGAUAGUCUCAUUGAGUGGCAAAGAGAAAUGAGACAAAUCAUUCAAAGUACUAUUCAGUCUUCCACAACAUUUUCUCCUCUUCCUUCAUAAAACUCGACUGAACAUUACAAACUUUAUCUCCAUUCCAAUGAAGAUGAUUGUCAACAU